AUGAUUGUGUUUUUGUAUGAUGUGGUGAAUUCAAUCAUAUACCCAAUUCUCUAUUCAAUCGUUUUGUUUUGCAUUUUGGCGUUAUACACACACUCAGAUUUUUUUAAUGAACAUCUGAACGCAAUUUGCUCUUAUUAUGAAAAAAUAAAAGUUAAGAAAAGAACCGAUAAAGACGUUUUGUACCUUCCAAAAUAUGUUCAAAUUCCUCAACAUGACAUUUCAAGAUACGAAAAUCAUCCCGUUCAAUUGACACAUUUUGAGAACGGCGAGGUUGUCCAAAACCUUCGCUUGAAGUACGAAAACAAAAAUUUGUUUUUCAUCGAUGGGAAAAAUGUUAUUUGUCUUCCAUUAACAAAAUCAUUAACCGUUUCCAUAUUUCGAUACAAAAAGGAACCUCAAUUCAACGACUUAUUUACGUACAAAAAGGAAGUUCUUACCCCCGAAGAGAUCGCAUACAACAAAUACAAAGAAGCAAAAUGUGAGACAUUACAACAAAAACUGGAUUACUUUACACACAUUUCCGACGAAGAAAUGUCUCAAAUAAAGCGUUUUAAACGAAGAAAAUUCAAACAAAAGAACUCAAUUGAGAUCAAAGGAAUACCUCAAACUUUUCAAUAUGGAGAUACUGUUUUACUUCACUUUGACAAGGAAGAAUUACUCGAGUUUUUUUAUUAUCCGAUCAAGAUGUCUGUAAAAAGUGUGAAGCACCAAACUAUCAUUCAACAGCACUUCAGUUCGUUGAUAACAAAAAUCACUGAAAAGAACAUUUCCGAUAUCGAAGCAAGGCAUUGGAGUUGUGGAAUCAACUUUCUCCUUCAUCGUCUUUUCUUUCAGUUUUUUGAUAACCACAAAAUUACCGCUAAAAUCAUUGAGAAAUUUCAAGAAAAGGUGAGGUACUCACAAUUACCUCCUUUAGUAAAAAUGAUGGAUUUAACGGAACUUAAUUUUGGUCCAAAGUUGCCUCUCAUAUCGUUACCAAAACUAAUUCACUCCGAUAAAACGGGUAAGACGAUCAUAGAUUUUGACAUCGAAUAUUCAGAUGGAGUCCAAAUGUCAAUCGACGCCACGUUGCAGCUCCCAUUAAAAAGUUCGCAGACUCACGUCAAAGUCGGACUUGCUGUCAAACAGUUGAAAGGGAGAUUGAAAAUGAUGUUUUUACAAAUCCCGAGCGAACGCGUCUGGGUGGGCUGUGAUGAAGAUCCAAUUUUAAACAUCAUCUCUGAAGUCAAAUUUGCGGGAAAAGAGGAAAAGGAAGAAAAAGAGAAAAAAGAUGAGAAAAACGAAAAUUCAAUCUCGAGUGUCAUCGCGUACUUUGUCAAAAAGGAACUCAUCAUGAGCUCAUUUUUAAACCCUUAUAUGCAGGGUUUCCGAAUUCCGAAGAAAACUCAGGACAAAAAAGACAAAAAGGUGCCAUCGCUGGAAAAUGUACCCAACGCGAUCGAGCAAUACAGAAGAAUGAAAAAAAUGUUCAAAAACGCCAAAAAGGAGAAAGAGUGA